AUGGAAUGGAACUUUAAAUACGAGGAUCGGAGGCGUUUAAAAGGCCUGGAGACUUUUGCAAAGGAUUCUGACAAGAAUGUUUUACGAAACUUGGGAACGAAGAAACGACUUUCAAUGAAAGAUAUCAUCGACAUAAAGUCUGCACUACCCCCGGAUGCUCCGUUGUUCUUAUUUUUGACCAAGCUGACAGUUCAUUGUGAGGAUGUCACUUACAAAGCCUCAGAGGAGUUUCGUGCUAAAACGGAAUCGCUGCGUCGAGCACAGGAAAAUCUAACCUAUAGGAAAAUUGUUCGAUCCGUUGAUGCUAGUCAGAAAUACGGUAAAGUCGACCACUUGGAGAGUUUUGGAGCCGAACUUAGGAUAGUAAAUCGGCAACUAAUAUCAGUCGUUAACGUCGUUAUAACCGUAGCUGGUGCGUUCUUCUUUGGAUUCUCCGGGGUUCAGUACGCCUAUCCACAGUUACAUCUCGACAUAGCUACUCGUUUUAUAAUAGGUCUUGUUCCAGCAACUGUAGUGUUUUUUGCAGAUUUGUACUUUAUUCUUAAGACAAUGGAUCAGGAUGACUCUUCUAAUAAGUGUCCUUUGCCUAAUGUUCUGAACUUUAAGGAACUGUCGAAGAAAGGCAGUUAA